UGCUUGCUGCAGAGAUCUGCUAAGAUGACAGAGCCUUCUAAGCUUAUUCAUGUCCGAAACGUUGGCCAUGAAAUAUCUGAGAGUGAUCUGCUUCAGCUAGUGCAUCCUUUUGGAGUUGUCACUAAGCUUGUGAUGUUACGUGCCAAAGAUCAGCCUCUUCUUCAGAUGCAAGACAUGGCUUCUGUCGUCAAUGCAACCGGUUUUAGGUACUCAGUCCCCAAUGGACCUAAUUGUACUGGGUUUUUGUAUAGGUGUUUCAUUUGUUUGUUGCUUGAGCCAUUCUAGGUAACCAGUCCUAAAUGGACCAUAAAAAAUAGAUGGAAGAUCUUUCAAUCCAAAUUUCAGGCUGGAGAUAUUUGUUGAACUGCCUAAUGCAAGUGUUGGGGUCCUAGCCUCUGUUUGAACAUGUAUGAUCAUGGGAGUAGUAGCCUCAACUGUCUACUACAAUCUUAAGCUAAGGCAUCCCACUCUAGAUAUGCCCUUCAUAGACAACGACUUGGCAUUGCUUUUCCAACCGAUGCCUAUGCUUGGAAUCAGUAUUGGAGUCGCUUUCAAUGUGGUUUUUCCUUCAUCCAGUUUGAAGCAGUAUUGGAGUCAUGACUCUAACUCUC